AUGUAAAGAUGCGAUCCAAUAACAAAGUAACUUAGGUUGAGGUUGAGCUUGCUCCCUCGCCCAAGAGUUAGCCAAUCUAUAUUCCUGCGCCCUGAACAUAACGGACCUAAUGGACCUGUUGGUCUUGGGCUAAACCAUAGGAAGGACAUCAAAAUUUCUUUUUUUUUUCUCUCAAUUCUAAAUAACUGA